AUGUCAUACUCUGUCCAAAAGUCAAGUCUUUGGCAGUUCAGUUCUGGCCAAGGGAGAGGAGGAACCACAGGACUAAAGCAUGGCCUGGGUGGUUCCUCAUGUGGAGGUUUCAGUGGUACCUUUGGUGGAUAUAAUUUGGGUGGGGGAGGAAAUGGGCUUCUCUCUGGUAAUGAAAAGGGAACCAUGCAAAACCUGAACGACCGCCUGGCAAUCUACCUAGACAAGGUCCGAGCCCUAGAGGAAGCAAACACUGAGCUUGAACACAAAAUCAAAGAAUGGUAUAAGAAAUUUGGGCCUGGCAGCACCAGCCAUGGAGAAAACCAGGACUAUUCUGAAUAUUACCAGAUCAUUGAAGAACUCAAACAAAAGAUUUUGGAUUCAACUCUUAGCAAUGCUGACAUCAUGCUCCAAGUUGACAAUGUGAGACUAGCUGCUGAUGACUUCAAACUAAAGUAUGAAACUGAACUGGCCCUCCGUCAGAGUGUGGAAUCUGACAUCAGCGGUCUACGAAGAGUCUUGGAUGACCUGACCUUAACCAAGACAGACCUGGAGAUGCAGAUUGAAACCCUGUCAGAGGAAGUGGCCUAUCUCAAGAAGAACCAUGCAGAGGAAAUUAAAGGCCUGAAAAAGGCUGCAAAUUCCGACGUGAACGUGGAAAUGAACGCUGCCCCUGGGACUGAUCUGACCAAACUUCUCAAUGACAUGAGAGCCCAGUAUGAAGCCCUGGCUGAGCAGAAUCGCAAAGAUGUUGAAACUUGGUUCAAUAACAAGAGCGAGUUGCUACAGCAGCAGAUCUCCUUUGCCACUGAUGAAUCCAAUUCUGCCAAGACAGAGAUAUCAGAGCUGAAGCGCACCUCCCAAACUUUGGAGAUUGAGCUACAGUCUGCCUUAGCCCUGAAAAAAUCCCUUGAAGGCAGCUUGUCAGAGACAGAAGCUGGGUACAGAACACAGCUUUCGCAAACCCAAAAUCAGAUUAGUUCACUGGAGGCCCAGCUCAUUCAGAUCCGGGAUGAAGCCGAGGGCCAGAGCGCAGAGUACAAGCAGCUACUCGACAUCAAGACUCGACUGGAGAACGAAAUCGAGACCUAUCGCCGCCUGCUCGACGCAGAAGGAGGCCCUGGGCUCGAAAACAGAGCUAAGAAAGAACCGACAAAAACUUUUCUCUAUAAAACCAUUGUUGAAGAGCUGGUUGAUGGAAUUGUUGUCUCCUCAAAAGUAAAAGAUGUUCAUCAGAGAUCAGCCUAAUAGGUCAUCAAAGAGGCCCUGAUAACAUUAAGAGAAAUGGAGCAAUGAAGGCUUCAUGCAUAGAGAUAGAAUGCCAGGUCUUGACAUUCCUUGAGAGGCCUUGAAAGGCUUGGGGAGAAAGGGGGGCUUUUCAAGUAAUUCUACUUUUGGUCGCAGAAGUAAAGCCAUAAGUCUAU